GGAGCCAUGAUGCCAUGAGUUACUGUCUGGACAUCAACUCUCCUUUGGUCCGCUCUGAAUCCGACUGUCUCAGGAUGCUGGACGCACUGUUCUCCUGUUUCACCAGACCCACCAUCUUUAAAUGGGCCACCACACAGGACAAAAGCGUGGAGGAGCAGCUCUCGAUGGGGAUUCGAUACUUCGAUCUCCGCGUCGCACACAAACCCAACGACUGCUCCAGCGACCUUUACUUCACACACGUCAUAUACACACAUUUGACCGUUUUAGAAACCCUGUCGUCUGUGGCCUCCUGGCUCGACUCUCACCCAAAGGAGGUCGUUAUUCUGGCCUGCAGCCAUUUUGAGGGAAUCGACGAGCGACUGCAUCAGUCGUUCAUUUUCUGCCUGAAGAAGAUGUUCGGCUCGAGGCUCUGCCCCCACAAGGGAUCCGUCCUGACCCUGCGGAGCCUCUGGGCUUCGGGUCACCAGGUGCUUCUGUCCUACGACUCCCAGACUGCAGCGAGACAUCCGGAGCUGUGGCCGGCCAUCCCCUACUGGUGGGCCAAUCAGCGCACAGCGCAGGGAGUGAUCCGCUACCUGGACUGGAACAAAGAGCUCGGGCGUCCAGAGGGCUUCUUCGUCUCGGGCCUGAACCUGACGGCGGAUCGAUGCUUCAUCACGGAGAACACGAAGCAGUCCCUGCGGACGCUCACCUUUGGUAACUGGGAGUGUUUGAGGGACUGGCUGGAGCAGCAGGUGCCGGGAUCGCGGCCCUGCAGCCUCAACAUCAUCGCAGGAGACUUUGUGGGUCCACUUCCUGUCUGCUCGCUGGUCAUUGCACUCAACCAAAAGCUUCUACGGAAGAAUGCAGCCAGAUGAAAAACUCUUUUAUUCCACGGGAACACAAGUGUUCUGAAUCUACAGCUCUAAUGUGCAAUAUGUUUACAAGAGCGGAGGUCAUUCUUUUACAUUUUAUUGUUAAAUAUUUUUGAUGUACUGUACAAUACAUACAGACUUUUAAAAAUAUAUAAAUAUAUAAGUACAGUUGUACGGAAGCCCUGAGAGGCAAGUGAUGAAUAAAACU